GCAUAAAUUUUUAAUAUCUAUAAAAUUUCUCAAGCAUAAAUAACGAACUGUUGGCAACUCUUUGUAUUAUCAUAAAUUUACAUAUCGCGAAAUUUUACCGCCAAAGAUCCUUGUGCAGAAGUUCAAAGUGGUCAAUUUACUAAAUGAUCGAGGAGAGUCAAGUUGAGCCUGUUGCAAAAAAAAUGAAACUCGAUACUAAAUGUGUAUUGCGUUGGGCCAAACUUACUGAGCAUGCCUUGGAACCCGUACGCGGUUCGGAGCGUGCUGCUGGUUUAGAUUUACGCAGUGCAUACGAUUUAAAGGUACCAGCGCGUGGAAAAGCUUUGGUUAAAACCGAUCUGCAAAUACAAGUUCCCAGUGGCUCUUACGGUCGCGUAGCACCACGAUCCGGCUUGGCUUGGAAGAAUUUUAUCGAUGUGGGAGCUGGUGUGAUUGAUGAAGAUUACCGAGGCAAUUUGGGUGUUGUUCUUUUCAAUCAUUCCGAUGUUGAUUUUGAUAUUAAGCGUGGCGACCGCAUUGCCCAAUUGAUUUGCGAGCGUAUAUUCUAUCCGGAAUUGGAGCAAGUAGAUAAACUGGAAGACACUGAACGUGGUGAAGGAGGAUUCGGUUCGACGGGUGUGACCGACCUGCCAGUUGCCGAUAAAAAUGGCGAAUGUAAAGAUGAGAAAGAGAAAGAAGUUGCUAAGCCUUGAUUUUAGCUCGGUUUGCAUUUCUUUUUUUCAUAUAAUUAUCGUGUUAUUUAUAAAGAUGUAAUAAUUCACCUAAACAUUUAUAGAAUUCCAUAUUUUUUAAGUUUUACCUUUGAAUAUGAAUGAAUAAAGUUAUAAUGUUAUCUUCAAUUAAUGAUUAACUCGCAUACAACUUUCUGCACUCGGGAAGUGUGAAACAUGCAAUGUUUGAUAUAUGGAAUUAGUAAGCUCUCUAGCAAAAAUGUGUCUUCUUUAAAGAUGGAUAACUCUGCAUGUUGUUAAUUGUUGCCCACAUCCUUCGUUGCUUCUUGGCGCAACGGUUACGCUUGACACGUUUACAUUCGGCGCUCAUACCUAUGCUCACGUCUUGGUGUAUGCAAGUAAUUACGAUUUUAAUUAGAUAUCUAAUGUGCAUUAAGUUACUACUUGGCGCUUUGCUUUCUUUAUGAACUCCAUCUUGCAAUACAU